AACAUUAAAACUUUGGAUUUUUGUGGACUUUCGAGCAAACAUUUCGGUUCGGUUCUUACCUCCUUAGCAGAAUAUAUGGGUCGUUUAAGAUUUGUUCAAGAUUAUGAGGAUGAUGAUGAAAAGGCCGACUUACUCAUUCCAAAGUGUAAAAAAUGUAGCAUUACCAGACCUUCAACAUGUAAACAUAUUUCUUCUGAGGCUAUCACAUCUUUGAUAAUUCGAUGUGAAAAUUUGAGAGUUUUUAACAUUUACGAUAUUGCCACCGCUAUUAGCGAAUAUGAUCUUAUUACCAUUUUAAGAUCUCAAACUGCCAAAAGAUUUCAAUCUUUGGAUCUUGGUUUGUCUUAUGUCAAAUCACAUGUUUUACAUGCCAUACAGUACAUUGAUCUUACUGGUGUGAAAUGUUUGACACCAAUAAGCAUUAGAGGCCUUUUAGAUAAUUUACAAAAGAAUCAUUCACUUCAUACCGUUGAAAUGAGCAAAUCUUUACUCAAAAACCUUUGUGUCAUCAAAGGAUGGAAGAUCAAUGACAACUUUAGUAUAAGGUAUUGUUACACAAAACUAUCCCAUGGAGAAGGAAGAGUCCAUUUGAGAAAAUUGGAUGUGGCUGAAUCCGGUUUGGAAAGAAUGAGCAAAAUUUUCAAAUAUUAUAGUUUUGACGUUUGA